UAGAACCCAGCGAGCACUGCAGACGGGCUGACAGCAAGGCGGCCUGCCAGUUGUGACACAUUUCUACAGUACAGCGGCGAUAAGAAACUGAAACAUUUAGCGAGACUUUGUAAACAGCGAUGAAAUCUACUUUCCCGACUGUUAAGGACACCGCGCCACAGAUCACACGAGCAGGCAGCGGCUCUGAGCAGUGUCACAGCUCUGAGUAAACCCAGCAACAACGCAGAGCAGUUAAGUUUUUGAUAACUUUUCUGAGCGACAGUAAGAUAAAGAAGAAAUAGGAUAAGGUUUGUGUCGCCAUUCAAGGGACAUAACUCUCCGGGGGGUCAGCUGUCGUCGGGAGUGCCCUCCCAUACAACGUCAUAACCGCUGCUGCUAUCCAUCUGGUGACACGCCGGCUGGGGCAAAACUUCUGGUGACGCAGGUCCAGACGACGUGAAACUGUCACCUGUCAAGAUGACAAAAUGGCGAGGAUGAGGAGAUGACAAACAGACAUCAAAAAGCAGCGGCAGUGACUGAUAAUCUUGCUCCCUGCUUGUGAGAGACUUUGUGAAUGAAAGAAGUAGAACUGUCUGCAGUCUUCAAGAUUUCGGCAGGAUUUUGGCCAACAUGGGAAACCGACUUGGCUACUCGAUUAUCAGAGACCACAAUGACGAGGAGGAGGUCAAGAGCGAGAGGACAAUGAGGGAAGACCGUCAUCCACUCACCGACCUCAGCAAUGAACAGAGCAGCGAGGGGCCGCCACCUCGCGAGGAGGGGAGCUCACCUGGGAAGGAUAACAGUGACGUGGCGUCGACUUAUUUCAACGAGAGAAUCCCCGUACCACAGGACACCAGUAAAUUCAGUCUACGGAAGUUGUGGGCUUUCACGGGUCCAGGGUUUCUCAUGAGCAUCGCCUACCUUGACCCUGGCAACAUUGAGUCUGACCUUCGGUCGGGAUCCUUAGCGCAGUUCAAGUUGCUAUGGGUACUACUGACUGCAACUGUACUGGGCCUGCUGAUGCAGCGGCUUUCCGCAAGACUGGGCGUGGUGACGGGGCGCCACCUGGCGGAGGUGUGUUAUCACCAGUACCCUCGCUUUCCACGCGUGUUGCUGUGGAUCAUGGUGGAGAUCGCCAUCAUUGGCUCCGACAUGCAGGAGGUCAUCGGCACCUCCAUCGCCUUCUACCUCCUUUCUGACGGCAAGAUCCCGCUGUACGGAGGGGCGCUCAUCACCAUCGCAGACACCUUCACUUUCCUCCUGCUGGACAAAUACGGGCUUCGCAAGCUGGAGGCCUUCUUCUGUACCCUCAUCACCAUCAUGGCCGUCACCUUCGGCUACGAGUACAUACGGGUGGCACCAAAUCGGGAAGUUGUCAAAGGCCUGUUCUACCCGAAUUGCGAAAACUGCGGACCACAACAACUUCUACAGGGUGUCGGCAUCAUCGGCGCCAUCAUCAUGCCUCACAACAUUUACCUGCAUUCCGCUCUCGUCAAGUCUCGCCAGGUGAACCGGCGGAACAAAGAGGAGGUGCAGGAAGCCAACAAGUAUUUCUUCAUCGAGGCCUCCAUCGCCCUCUUCGUCUCAUUUCUCAUCAACGUCUUUGUCGUCUCCGUGUUCGCCGAGGGUUUCUAUGGACGCACGGCACCGGAAGUGUACAACAACUGCCUGGCGCAAGGCAACCCGCACGCUGAUGUCUUCAAUGUAACGGAGCUGGAAGUGGAUAUUUACAGAGGUGGAGUGUUCCUGGGAUGCCAGUUCGGACUUCCGGCUAUGUACGUAUGGGCCGUAGGUAUUCUUGCCGCCGGUCAGAGCUCGACCAUGACAGGCACAUACACUGGACAGUUCGUCAUGGAGGGCUUCCUCAAUCUCCGGUGGAAGAGAUGGCAGCGCGUGCUGUUGACACGCUCCAUUGCUAUCGCCCCCACCAUCUCACUGGCCGUCUUUCAGGGCAUCAACGACCUGACGACCAUGAACGAUCUUCUCAAUGUCGUCAUGAGUCUGCAGCUGCCCUUUGCCCUCAUCCCCAUCUUAACCUUCACCUCGGCGCCGGAGGUCAUGGCCGACUUCCGCAACGGACGGAUCAUGAAGACGAUUGCCGGUCUCCUGGCCAUAGCAGUCAUCGCCAUCAACAUGUACUUCGUCGUCGUCUACAUCCAGACAGUGCCUCCUCUCUGGUACAUCUACCUCAUCGUCGCCCUGGGGGUCGCUUUUACUUAACUUUCGUCGUCUACCUCGCGAUGUUUUGUGUGCACGCCAUGGGUAUCGGAGUUCUCGGCAGACUACCAAUGUGCCACACCAUGUUAGAGAUGAAGUCCAUGCUAGAGGAGAGUGAUGUCGAGCCUUGUGAGGAAAACUAACUGUUGGACCUACAACACCUGUUGUGAGAGGUGGGCUGGCCAGCUGUGCGAAGGGAGCUAACGGUUAGACCUGCAGCACCUGGUGAAAAGCAGGCUGGCAAGCAGAGCGAGGGGAGCUGACUACUGGACAUGCAUCCAGAGAGUGUACUCUGAUACAGCACUUGCUUCCAGAGGCCGACUAUCAAGUAGGGCUAGGGAAGGCAAAUGGGAAUGAAGCCUACCUCAGGAGAAACAGGGACGACAGCAAGAAGAGCUGCCUGAUAUCGCCUGGAAAAUUCCAGGGUUUCAUUCUUUCGCAUUCACCUGGGGUUGCAGACUGUGAACCUGCAGGAUUCGAUGCCAUUACCAGAACCAUUACAAUUAGUCUCUGGUUUCGUGUCUUUCCUGUUUCAUCACUACCAUCAACGGAUUUCAUCUCUUUAGCGGCUUAUACAAUGUGUUUUUGCAGUUCUUGUCAUUCACAUUGCUUACAUCAUUAGUAACUUCCGUGAGGGAUACAAUGAAGCCAUCUCUUUAGCGGCUUAUACAAUGUGUUUUUGCAGUUCUUGUUAGUACUCACAUAGCUUACAUUUGAAAUAACUUCCGUGAGAGACAUUUUGUCUAUUUUGCUUUGUCGUGAUAUUUAAAAAGUGCACGAAUCUCAUUUUUAACAUGAAUUAAAUUCAGCAUAACACAUUCCAUGAUAUUAUUUUUGUACGCUUUUUCUAAGGAUUUUUGUUAACCGAGGACUGUUUGAAGGUAUAACAAAUUCAUGAGAUUAUUUUUACACAAUUGUUUCUAAGGAUUUUUUUUUUUUGUUAUUAAGCUAGCAAGAUGAUGGAGAAGGGUGAUGCAAGUUCUGACUAACACUUAUUUUUAAGAAAGGAACUCACAUUUUGUAAAGUACUUUACACUUUUCUUCUUUGAAAAAUACAAACUAUUAACUUGAUUAUUUACAACUAUUUUACCAUCAAGAGCCUUAGGAAGUAGAGGGACGGUACCUCCAAGGUUUGCUUUACCUGUGAUCAGUGAAGUACACACAGCUGUACCAUGCCUUCUGAUGCGUAGUUACGCAGCGACAGUAAGUUCUCUCCCCUAGUGAAUAUGGGAACUGGAGGAAAAGUGUCUUAUUUAUGUUUAUGUAGUCACAGUGCAACAUCCAUACACUGUGAACACUACUUAAUGUUUCUUUACCUUGGGGCAUCUUUGCCACCUUUUUGUAAAAACGGCUUGGGGUAAAACAAUAUAUACGGGGUAGGGGAACCACUUUGUAACUUCUGAAACAAGUGUCUUUGCCUUGAGUUCCCCAUCCUGCUCCAGAGCAACGACUUUACCUUUGCUUCAAAUG